CCUUAGGUAUCAUUUGUAUACCCAUAAUUCUACUAUUGACACAUUACUUACUAGCAAUUUCAAAGCAGCUUACUAAAAAAAUUCGUUUAAAAUUUUUGGAAAAUGUUCACGAGAUCAGCCCUGCGUCCUUUGACCAUUGCCACUUUCCGUUCGAUUUCCACUCAUUCCGCCAGAGGAGGUAUCAAACUUCAAGGGUAUGGACAUCAUGGCAAGGCUCCUCUGAGCCUCCUGUCCGAGGAGUGGGUCAGAGGACCCCUUGGCGUCGGCAUGUUGACCUAUUUGUGCUCCGAGGACUUCUGCGCCAUGAGGUUCGAGCACAGCGGCAAAGAGGAUAAAGCCAAUGGAAGCAAGAAGUCCAACUAAUCAAUUACAUUUUUGUGUAUUUUACUUAAUGGGGAAACAGAAAUGAUACUUUGUUUAAUAAAAUUUCAAAAUGUCGCUG